AAUCGGUUUCUGUGCUGUUGACAGUUACUCGUUCUAGCUUGGUCUGCCAUUCUGGGUAUUGUUGGACAUUGGUCAAAAUGUGCCAGAGGUGAUCUGCGGUGGUGGUGAAUUGGGCGGUUCGAGAGACGAUAUGACUGGCAGGCAACAGCAAGCCAAUCACGUAUAUUAGAAUGGGUAUGCAAGGUAUAAUAACAGCAACGACGAUUAACGCAGUGAAUAAACUAAUCAUACGUUGCAAAAUGACGAUAAGAGAAAAGAGGUGAAAAGGGAAGAAAAAAAAAAGUGUGGUGAAAGGAAAAAGGGGAGUGGGGCCCCAAAAAAAGAAAGAAAAAAUUGGGUCUGCUUGAAUUGUUGAAGCUUGUGAUCCAAUUUUGAUUGGUCAGUUUUCUCGCCCAUUUGACCAGUGACACCCAUUUUUCAAAGAUCUGACGCAUUAUUGGGCACUUGUUGGACACCGCAUUGUUGCCACGCUCUCUUUCUUAUGACUUCUGAUCCUCGAUUUACAGCUGGGGUAUUGACAGUGAGCGAUACUGCGUCUCAAGACCCAAGUCAAGAUAAAAGCGGACCGCUGUGUCUUGAUAUACUCACGGACGACGGCAAAUAUACUGUUACGCAGCAAAAGGUCGUGGCUGAUACUGCAGAAACAAUUGCCAAUACCAUCGUGGACUGGAGCGAUGUCUUGGGGUUAGAUCUCAUUGUUGUCACUGGUGGUACCGGUUUCGCCCCUCGCGAUGUGACACCCGAGGCUGUUGCGCCGUUGUUGACGAGACCGACCCCGGGUAUCACGCAUCUCCUCCUGUCCAGUUCAUUGAAUGUCACUCCGUUUGCUGCCUUGUCCCGCCCGGUGACAGGAUUCCGUAACCAUACCUUGAUUAUCACGAUGCCCGGGAGUCCUAAAGCAUGCAAAGAAAAUCUCUCGGCUGUUCUUCCUGUCUUGCCACAUGGAUUGGAUCUGCAAAAGGGCGUCUCCAUGGCCAAGGUCCAUCGCCAAAUGCAGGAAUCCCAAGGAUCAGAUAAAUCCAGUGAUUCGUUGCAGUCGCGCAAGAGAAAACAUGCUCACCCGCACCAUCAUAAAUGCAUCCAUCGUCAUGAUGCCGCAGGCCAUCCCAGCCAAACCGGCCUUUCCAAGAACUUGUCUACCCCAGUCGCUCGUCGAGCUCGGUCGUCGCCUUACCCACUGAUCUCUGUUCAGGAAGCCCAGGAUAUCGUUGCUCGAUAUGCAAAGCCCAUUCACACCGUCCUUAAGCCUGUGACGGAAAACCUAGUAGGCUAUAUUUUGGCUGAAGAUGUCGAAGCCCCGGAACAAGUACCUGGAUACCCAGCGUCGGUGGUCGACGGCUACGCAGUCCAUUUGAAAGAUGGACCGGGGGUUUAUCCCGUCGUCUCGGCGUCUCUUGCCGAUACCAAUACCGAAUGCGAGCCACUAGCCCCUGGCACCAUCGCUCGAAUUACGACGGGCGGAAUGGUACCGCCGGGAGCCGAUGCUGUUGUCAUGGUAGAGGAUACCAAAUUGAUCAAAGCUUCAGAAGAUGGCCAAAAGGAACUUGAAGUGGAAAUACUCACCUCAUCAUCUCACUUGGAGAACAUCCGUAUGCCAGGCGAUGAUUGUGAAAAAGGCAUGAUCGUUUGCAAGGCAGGACAAAUGAUCUCCUCAGUCGGCGGCGAAUUGGGUUUACUAGCUUCAGUGGGUGUUAAGAAAGUGAUGGUUUACGGUAAACCUCGCGUGGGCAUCAUGUCGUCCGGGAACGAGGUGAUGGAUCAUUUGCAGACGGAAAAACUAGGGCCAGGGCAGAUUCGAGAUACCAAUCGUCUGACGCUCCUUGCAGCGGUUUCCGCCUCUGGUUUCGAAGCUGUCGAUUUGGGCAUUGUGCGCGAUUCGGUCGGUGACCUUGAAAAGCAUAUGCGGGAAGCGUUGAAUAAUGUCGACGUCUUGAUCACCACAGGUGGCGUGUCUAUGGGCGAAGCCGACUUUAUGAAACCCAUUCUGGAACAAAAAUUGGGGGCCACCGUCCACUUUGGUCGAGUGCUCAUGAAGCCUGGCAAACCCACCACCUUUGCCACUAUUCCUGAAGUCAGCGGCCACAAGUUGAUCUUUGCGUUACCUGGAAAUCCGGUUUCUGCGACCGUGACGUUCUAUCUGUUUGUCCUUCCCGCCCUCCGUCGUCUGUCUGGCAACAGCCAGCCUGACAAUGUGCUGAUUCCUGUAACCAUGGACCAUGAUAUCGCACUGGAUGGUCGUCCUGAAUAUCAUCGUGUUCGAGUCAGCAUCUCUGAAAAUGGGUUAGUUGCAGAAUCCACGGGUAAGCAGCAGAGCAGCCGCAUGCUGAGUUUAUCGGCAGCGAAUGGAUUACUGCAACUUCCCGCCAGCAGUGACCAUCAAUCGGCAAUCAAGAAAGGAGAAACCGUGUCUUGCCUUUUACUGGCCCCUCUGUACACAUCAGCAUAAGAAAAGAAAGCCAAAACCUCUUGAUAAAAAAAAUGUUCCUUCCUCAAGCGUUAACUGUUCUAAACGUAUGGGAUGUCGUCCUCGUGGUUCCUCAUCCGCAUCAUGUUGUAUUUAUUCUACUCCAUUGAUGUUGUUUCGGAGUAAUUCAUUGUAUCAUUUUACACUUCUUUUUUCCUUUUGCUUUUUCCAUUUGACUAUGCUGGCUGAAUCUUGGUGAAUCUCUCAGAUUUAGAGAAAAGCGCAUAUUUCACAUCAUACUCCAUAGUCAUUAUUACUGUUUUUUCAUAUAUGAUAC